AUGUUCAAUUCAUACAGUUAUGAUAGAUAUGCUGAUGAAACGAACGCAAAUGAUACAAGUGACGACUAUGGAGAAAUACAUUCCCCUUCAUAUGGCUAUGAUGGCGUAUGUAAUUCAGCUGAGGAAAAAAUCUUGAGUAUUUUAAAGGAAUCGAAAUCAAUCUUGCUCGGAUACUUUUAUAGAAUUUUACUCUCAUUUGUGUGUUUCGUAAUAUUUUUUUAUUUCUACAGAGGAAUGAUUUUUAUAAAUGAUGUUUAUUUCUAUGACGCCAAAACCUAUACAUUUCGAGAUCGAAUACAUGAAAUGAUUAAUGACAAGAACUUGCCAUUUUUAAGGAAAUUCACAGACUGGUUGUUCUAUCCAUAUGCUCUAAUAAUUUUUCUAAAGUUCGUUUUGUUCAGGCCUCCGGUGUUUAAUGUUCAGAUUUUCCUCAGAUUCUCAAGCAUAUACAUCUUCACAUACUUGAUAAGAGGAAUUAAUGUAAUAGUUUCAUCAAUUCCACCUCCUCACUCAAAGUGUAACCCGUUUGUAAUUGAGUCGACAAAGAUGAAAACGUUGGUGAGUUUUCUAUUCAGAGAAAAGAGGCAGAUUCCAUGCACAGGAGUAUUGUUUUCUGGGCAUGUGUAUUUUGUACUUCUAGCGUAUAUCAUUGUGGCACAAAACUCAGGGAUCUUGUUUAACAUAACUAUGUUUGCUUAUGCAGCGCUCAUAUCUGUCUCAAUUGUAGCAUCAAAGUAUCAUUACUCAAUCGACGCAAUGUUUUCAAUUCUCUUUGCUCCAUUCAUUUACAACUUAUACUUUUGUAGCAUCGACUCGUACGGAGUGCAAUUCUUUAACAAAAUGAAUAAUAAUUACCAAAAACCGAGUAGAACAUUUAAACGGACAAUCCUACAAACUAGUUUAUUUGUAAAGUGUAUUUCCUGGAUUGAACAGAUAUCAGCGCUACUGGCAUUAGGAAAUAAAGUGAAGAGCAUAGAUAAACUCGUUAAUGAAAACGAGUUGGUUGACCCAGAAUUGUUGAGGAAGUUCAACUUGGUUUCAUAUCUUUUCGGAUUUAGUGAAACUGAAGAUUUGCUUAAUUUAUACAGAGGUUCGCACAAAGAUCAUUUCACAUACUGGAGAAAAUUAAAGAAUAAAUUUGGUAGAAGAUCUAAAAUAUAA